AUGCAUCAGGAAUGUUAUAUUUCAGUUCAUUCAACGUCGCCCAUUUACAAGCUAUCCCGACACGAUCAACAUCUAAGUUUUUGGAUACGACUGAGACAACAUAUGUCCCGUAAGCUGACCAGUGAAAUCGGCUCUUCUGGAGUGUCACCAGAGAUAUGUCACCAGAGAUGUGUCACCCGAACCAGAGAUGUGUCACCAGAGCUGUGUCACCAGAGCUGUUUCACCAAAGAUGUGUCACCAGAGAUGUGUCACCAGAGAUGUGUCACCAGAGAUGUGUCACCAGAGAUGUUUCACCAGAGAUGUGUCACCAGAGAUGUGUCACCAGAGAUGUGUCACCAGAGAUGUUUCACCAGAGAUGUGUCACCAGAGAUAAGUCACCAGAGAUGUUUCACCAGAGAUGUGUCACCAGAGAUGUGUCACCAGAGAUGUUUCACCAGAGAUGUUUCACCAGAGAUGUGUCACCAGAGAUGUGUCACCAGAGCUGUGUCACCAGAGCUGUUUCACCAAAGAUAUGUCACCAGAGGUGUGUCGCCAGAGAUGUUUCACCAGAGAUGUGUCACCAGAGAUGUGUCACCAGAGAUGUGUCACCAGAGAUGUGUCACCCGAACCAGAGAUGUGUCAACAGAGAUGUGUCACCAGAGCUGUGUCACUAGAGCUGUUUCACCAAAGAUGUUUCACCAGAGAUGUGUCACCAGAGAUGUGUCACCAGAGAUGUUUCACCAGAGAUGUGUCACCAGAGAUGUGUCACCAGAGAUGUGUCACCAUAGUUGUGUCACCAGAGAUGUGUCACCAGAGAUGUUUCACCAGAGAUGUGUCACCAGAGAUGUGUCACCAGAGAUGUGUCACCAGAGAUGUUUCACCAGAGAUGUGUCACCAGAGAUGUGUCACCAGAGAUGUGUCACCAGAGCUGUGUCACCAGAGCUGUUUCACCAAAGAUGUGUCACCAGAGAUGUGUCACCAGAGAUGUUUCACCAGAGAUGUGUCACCAGAGAUGUGUCACCAGAGAUGUGUCACCAGAGAUGUGUCACCCGAACCAGAGAUGUGUCACCAGAGCUGUUUCACCAAAGAUGUUUCACCAGAGAUGUGUCACCAGAGAUGUGUCACCAGAGAUGUGUCACCAAAGAUGUGUCACCAGAGAUGUGUCACCAGAUAUGUUUCACCAGAGAUGUGUCACCAGAGAUGUGUCACCCGAACCAGAGAUGUGUCACCAGAGAUGUUUCACCAGAGAUGUGUCACCAGAGAUGUGUCACCAGAGAUGUUUCACCAGAGAUGUGUCACCAGAGAUGUGUCACCAGAGAUGUGUCACCAGAGCUGUGUCACCAGAGCUGUUUCACCAAAGAUGUGUCACCAGAGAUGUGUCACCAGAGAUGUUUCACCAGAGAUGUGUCACCAGAGAUGUGUCACCAGAGAUGUGUCACCAGAGAUGUGUCACCCGAACCAGAGAUGUGUAACCAGAGCUGUGUCACCAGAUCUGUGUCACCAGAGCUGUUUCACCAAAGAUGUGUCACCAGAGAUGUGUCACCAGAGAUGUGUCACCAGAGAUGUGUCACCAGAGAUGUUUCACCAGAGAUGUGUCACCAGAGAUGUUUCACCAGAGAUGUGUCACCAGAGAUGUGUCACCAGAGAUGUGUCACCAGAGAUGUGUCACCAGAGAUGUGUCACCAGAGAUGUUUCACCAGAGAUGUGUCACCAGAGAUGUGUCACCAGAGAUAUAAGCUGUGUAAACAAAACCACAAAGCCUGUAUAAAGGAAACAUCUGUACAUUUAUAG